AUGGAUUUGUCAUACAAUCUGGUAGCUUCAAAAUGCGCCGAACAGAUGGCCAAAUAUCAAGAUUGUGUUCUGAGGAACCAAGCAGGAGAUUGGAAUUCGAUAUGUAGACCUGAAGGAAAGGCUUUAGCUGCAUGUGCCGAUGCGAGCGUACCACACCUCGCCGAACUGAAAAACUCAUGCUCCAAACAGAUAUUCACCUACAGGCAAUGUUUAGAUAAACACGCCUCACAGCCCGACGAGGUGAUAGGUGAGAAAUGUGGUGGGCUAAUGAAAGAUCUUUGGGAAUGCAGUGAAAGGACGAUGAAUAAUAUAGAAGAGAGGGAGAAGGGAAGUAGUAAAUUGGUAUAG